AUAGGACAUAUAUAUUGCCAUGAACCAUCAAAAUAGAGAAAGAGAGGGUUCUUUUGAAGGGAAGACAAGUAAUCAAACAUGACGAUUGUUGAGAUGUGUGUGCAUAUGGAUUGUGAUGGAUGUGAGAAAAAAAUAAGACGUGCAUUAAUGAAGUUAAAAGGGAUAGAUAAUAUAGAUGUAAAUAUGGUUACACAAAAAGUGACGGUAACAGGAUGGGUGGAUCAGAAAAAAGUAUUAAAGACAGUAAGAAAGACGGGAAGACGGGCGGUGUUAUGGCCGUAUCCUCACAAUGUCGAGUAUCAAUAUUAUAACUAUGAGCACCACCCGGUGGCCACCACCAUCGCCGGCUAUGCUCGUAAUCACCCGGCCAUCGACACGGCGUCGUCUUCGUAUAACUAUUAUAAGCAUGGAUACAAUGAUUUAAGCAUGCAUGAGUACUACGGUGGGCCUGAUUACUCAAAUUCAUUCAUUGAUGAAAAGGCCAGUAAUAUGUUUAGUGAUGAGAAUACUAAUGCUUGUUCUAUAAUGUGAGGACAUGGCUUGUGGACUAGUAUUAAGAGAUUGGACUGUCUUUAUCUUGUAUAUGAAGUAAUUGUUUGUAUUGUUUGGCUUAAGAUAAGCUAUGUGAAUGUAAUUAAGUAUAUAUAAAUAAUUGUUCGCUUUGAUUGUAUAAUUUUUUUUUUAUUUGAAUAUUUUAAGUGAGCAGACUUCAGUGUGUUCAAUCAUGACCACUGAUUUCAAAAUC